AUGAUGGCCACCGCGUCGGCAUCCGUCGCCUCCGCUGCUCGCGCGCAGCCGUCCAGGUCUUCGCGUAAGCAAGGCCGGCGGGCGAUCCGCGUAUACGCCACGUCGGACGACGAUUCAAAGGUGGAGACGAAGGAGAAGUUCACCAACGCCGGGGCGUUCAAGGCGCUCGACACCCUGGGCGCCGACGCCAAAUCCAAAUCCAAAUCUCCGUUUGGCGGCGGCGGCGGCGUCGCGUCGUCGUCGUCGUCCGACCCUUUCGCGACGCGUUUGGGGUUCGUUCCCGCCGUUCCCGCCGGCCCGCCCGCCGGGUUCAUCGCCGACGGCGUCGACCGCGCCUCGCUUCCCCCCAAAAAUGACGCCGACAGGUUGCUGAACCGGUUCGACAGGGACCAGCGAUCGGGGUCGCUCGCGCCCGAGUCGACGCCCGAGGGUUCGCCGUGGUGCACGCAUCCGCCGCUCCGCGCCUCGUGCAGGGCGCUGGCGGCGUCGUCGUCGCGGGUGAUGAUGGGGAUCUGCGCCCCGGACGCGGAGAACGGGCUGCUCGCGCUCAAGGCGUGGACCGCGGACCUGGGUCUGCCCCGAGGGCGUUUACACGGGCUGGACGUCGACGGAGCGCCGGUGGAUCCGCCCCCGGGGCCGGUGUUCAUCAAGUACAACUCCGACAGCGGCGACGCGUUCCUGUCGGGGUACGGGGGCGAGUACAGGGGGGUGCUGUUCACUCCCGAGCUCGGGGACGGCGCGUUCAGGCAGUACGGGUACCUGCCCCUGGACCUGCCCAAGGGUGGCGAAUCGUUGCCAAACUCGCGCAAGAUCGUCGAGGGCGUCCCGCUCUACCUCUUCUUCGUCGCCAUGCUUUUCCAGCUCUUCGUCUACCCGCACUUUGCGUGGUCGGCGUGGAGGUUCACGGGUUACGACGAGCGCUGGUUCUCGCAGGGAUGGGGCUCGGAUCCGAUGGGCGAAGCGAAACAGCACGAGCGCGUGUGGCUGUACGCCAUGUUCGGCUUCAUGAUGAAGGACAUGUGGAUCUUCAGGAACGACGUGCUGUUCUUCCUCCACCACGGCAUCGCGCUGGCGGGGGUCCUGGUGUUCUUCACCGUGCCCGCGGGACUCGGGCAGUUUCUCGUGGGCGGCACCGUCCUGGAGAUGGGUAAUCUCACCUACAACAUCGUCCUGUUGCGUGGGAAGGAUUCCGGUCCGCACGUGAGCCCCACGGUCAAGCACCUCGCCGAGGUCCUGUACGCGGUGGGCAUGGGGGUGUCCAACUACGUGGGUAUGCGCAUGUUCCUCACCUUCACCCAGUACGAGGGGCUGAAGGGUACGAACUGGCCGUGGGGCCUGGGCGUGAUGUGGUUCGCGCUCAUCGCGGGCAGGUCGCACGUGCACCUGUCUAGGUCGUGGCCGUACUUCGCCGAACGAUUGGGGGGUAAAGGUAAGGGCACAGUGGACCAGGCUCCAGCAGUGGCUGAGGUGAGGGUGACGCGGGCAAGUAACAAGUUGCGAGUCAACCCGGCGAGGGGCUGA